CGAGGCCGGCUGUCCCGGCCGGGCCGGGAUAGGGGAGGAGAGGCUGCGCGGGCGAGGCGGGCGCGGUGAGGCGCCGCCGUGCUGACCUGUCGGAUGGCCAUCAGCGUGUUCUCGGGCGCGUCGUGCGCGCCGCCGCGGUGUGCGAUGCAGGCGGCGGCGCCGCGGGGCUGCAGGACGCGCCGCGCCUUCUCGGCCGGGGCGGGAUCCAGGCUGAAGGCUCGCAGCGCCAGGAACAGUCCGGCUGUCAGCAGGCAGGCCAGCGCCGGGCUGCGGCUUAUUGCCAGCAGCGCGCCCAGCACCGCCGUCAGGGCGCUCAGCAGCUUAGUUAACAUGAAGAUGGAGGACUAUGAAAUAUUCUGUAAGAAGCAUCUUUCCAGAAUCCAAAAUGAAGCAAUAAAAAGAGAAAGCUCUUUCACUCUUCAGCACAAAAACAUCUCCCUCAUUCAAUUCCAUGGAGUUCCCGUGCUUUCCCCUCUGCUUAGCCUUGAGAAGAAAAAAGAAAUACAGCAAUAUAAACAGAAAGCACUGGACCUAGAGACCUGGAGACAGAACUCUCGAAAAAGAGCUUUGUUGAAUCGUGUUCAGGAGAUUCUAGAAAAUGUUCAGAUCAGGAGAGGACCAAGUGUGAGGGAUGUGAAUGCACAGGAGGCUGAGAAUACUUGCCCUGAUUCAGAUUCAAAAGCAUCGACUGACUUCACAGCUCUCCCGGAUGCCAAUUCGUCAUGUUCUCCUGAAAGGCAUAGUUCCACAGAGCCUGAAAAGAUACUAGAACUUAUGCCAUCAGGUACUACUGGGAAGGUGACAUCAAAUGUGACAGAAGUAGUUAAAGCAGCAGAAGAAAGUAUUUCUUCAAAGCAAAGUGAGAGCUGCUUCUCAAAAGACAUCCUGUGUCGAAGGGCUGCGUCUCCUGACAAUGUGCAUAACAGGCUUGCAUCAUGUGCUCUGCAAAAACAAGAGGGAUUAGGGGGGUCGCUGUCAGACGAGGAAGUCCAAGAUCCAUAUGUAAUGAGUCUUCAGAACCUGAUGAAGAAAUCUAGGGAGUACCUAGAGAAAGAGCAAACCAAGCGUAGCUCAAAAAGUACUUCGAAGAGGAGUAUGAGCGAAAGUCAUUCGGAUAAAGAAAAUGAUGGCGCUAAAACAGCUGACUCUGUGAAAGAAAGAGCAAAGCUUACAGGCAGAAGUUGCACUGCUCUGACUCCUGAUAAACCUAGUCUUAAUAAAUCAAAUACCCUUCUCCAGGGUGCCUCUACUCAUGCAAAUAACACAAGCGUGUCCGCUUUGUCCAGUUUUUCUAAAGUGGACAUACCUAUGAGAGUUGGAACACCUCCUUUGGUGGAUUCGGAUUCAGAUGAAGAGUUUAAAAGGACUUGUGUGUUUGACCGUGACAGUAGCAUUGUCAGGAGCCUCACAGGCUCUUACGCCAGGCUGCCGAGCCCGGAGCCAAGCAUGAGCCCUAAAAUGCCCCGGCGGCGCCUGAGACCUCUGUCAAUGGGACACAUCGUGAUCAACAACCCGGUGAACGCCUACGAGUUAAGCCCUAAAGGCAAGGGCAGAGCGAUGGAUUUAAUCAUGCAGGAUAUCGCAGAUAAAAACAACGUAUCUGAAUCAGUGCCAAAGUUCAUGGUAGACUUCACUAUGGUUUGCCCUAGCAGAGUUCCUGGUGUCAACAGGAAUUCUUCGGGCCCUUGUGAUGGGUUGGGGGUUGGCAAACCGAAUCGCCAUUCCUUUGGGCACUUAGAAAGCAAAGGAAUGGUGUCGGCCACAGUGGAAGGACAGGUAGUGAGGGACAGCAGAGGGCCGUACAAGGUAGACGCUAGUCCUAAUGUUGUAGCUCCGAAAUUGAAUGAGCCGUUUGCCAUCAGUCAGUCUACAGUAACACAGAAGCUCCUGCCUGGGAAUGAAACCAAACCAUCUAGUUUGCUGGAAAACAUUAAAUGUAACUCCCCAGUAGAACUCAAUAAAUCUUACGAUGUAGAAAACCCAUCCCCACUCCUAAUGAAGAGCAAGAAUAUGCAGAUGGACACUCCAAGUGUUUCCCCAGCAAAUGGGCAUUUUAUAGAGAGUAGUUUUGAAAAGGUAAAACGUAGACUUGAUUUGGACACUGACAACUGCCAAAAAGAAAUCAGUUCCUGUGUUCUAACAGUUGGAAUGGAAGAACAAGAGAAGCAGUGGCUGCAGGAACAGAAAUAUCCCGUGGGAUCAGUUUACGUGACCAAGAACACAGCCGCUGAUAGUAUGGCAAAAGAAGAUAUUUUAAAAACAAAAAUGUUGGCCUUUGAAGAAAUGAAGAAGAGACUUGAAGAACAGCAUGCACAGCAACUGUCGAUUCUGAUAGCUGAACAAGAGAGAGAACAGGAGAAACUGCAGAAGGAACUAGAAGAGCAGGAGAGAAAGUUGAAAGGAAAGAAGAUUGCUACGACAGAAAUAGAAAUUUCCAAAGUGAAUAUUAACAGUACAAUGGAGCUGGAGUGGAGGAAAAAAAGUGAAAGUGGCUUGCUGGAAAGUGUGCAGUCUCAACUGGAGACAGUCCAUAAUGCAAACUCUACAAGCAUUGGUUUCACACAUACUACACCACAGAACACCUUUGCUUCAAGUGAAACUUCAUUCUUUCUCUGGGGACCAUCAGGUAGUGGCGUUAUAAAAACUUCAGUAUCUAGGCCGAGUAACAGGAUCAAAACCAGGUGGACUCAGGUUUUCAGUCCAGAGAUACAAAUGAAGUUUGAUAAGAUCACUGCUGUGGCAAAAGGGUUUCUCACUCGUAGACUCCUUCAGACAGAGAAACUGAAACAUCUUAAGCAAACUGUAAAAGAUACUAUGGAGUUCAUAAAAAAUUUUCAGUCUGAAACCCCAUUAAAAAGAGAAAGUGUUUCAGCACAAGAUGCAUCUCUUCAUGAAAGAGUAAUGGCUCAGCUGCGAGCAGCUCUGUAUGACAUCCAUGACAUCUUUUUUGCAAUGGAGGCAUCGGAAAGAAUGAACAUUCUGCGUCACGAUCGUGAAGUUCGUAAAGAGAAGAUGCUCAGGCAAAUGGAUAAAGUCAAGAGCCCAAGAGAGAGAGUGACGCUUUCAACAGCCACACAGAAAUCUCUGGACAGGAAAAAGUACAUGAAGGCUUCAGAAAUGGGAAUGCCAAGUAAAAAAAUAAUCAUCAAACAAAAAACUCCUGAAAGCCGUGUGCUUCAACCAAAUCAAGGACAGAAUGCCCCAGUUCAUAGACUACUUUGCAGACAAGGAACCCCUAAGACCUCAGUGAAGGGGGUUGAGCAAACUAGAAGGAAGGCCUCAGAGAACAGAGUGUCUAACAAGGCUGUUUCAGGAGCAUAUGCAGGAAGAACCCAAAGAAAGAAGCCAAAUGUUGUGACAAUUUAAGAAGACAACACUCACUAGGAUAAAAUGGCCAUUUUUUAACGAUGGCAUUCUCAGCAUCGAUUCAAAUACAGCAUCUUCGAUACCUGUAUGUAUGUUUAGAAAUGACGAACAUAGUUUGUCAUUUCCAGAUGAUAACCCAUUCAUACAGUCAUAUUGAAGUGGUAAAGGGCUGUGAAGUUCUAAUACUUGUGGGAAAAUUGCAUGUUAAAACUUAAUAUAUCUUCAUACUACCGUGUACACGCAAGAUUCAUAAUCUUAUUUAUUUAAAGACCACCGUAGGGCAACAUUAAUCAACUUGUAAUUUUCUCAUGCUCCAUAAUUCUUGUCUGAAACAUACCUUUUGCAUUACUUAAAACUGCAAGUUCUGUGUACAGUUGCCAUGCUGUUGUGUGUAGAUAUUUUUAGUUUCAUACUAUAAGGUUAAAGCAGAUAAAAUACUAAUUCAAACAAAACUGAGCUCUUACAUCAGUGAAUAUGUCAGCAGCCUUUUGGAAUGUACUUUUUAUAUGAUGAGAUUACCUCAGUUUAAAUAUUAAUGACCUAAAUGUUUUGCAUUUUUGGUGAGCUGGACAGAUAUAUAUCCAAAUUAACUGCUGGGCAGACAGAUGUACUUUUGGUGACUAUACUGAAAUUGUAUGUUUAUACAUGUAAUAGAUCAAACCACUGGUGCUGGAAGAGUCCUAGGAUUUUUUUUCUCUGCUGCCUACUGUAUUUUUUAAUGAAAACAGUUUUUGACCAAGACAAAGAGAAAUCUGUGUUCUACAAAAGUUUCAGAAGGCAGGAUUUUAAUUGUUUAACCAGUUCAGACUUACAAAUGAUUGUCAAUAGUAACUCAGGUUCUUCUGUUUUGUUGGACAGUCACAGUUUUUCUAAGCAGUUUCUUCUACUGUGAUCUAACAAGCCCUUGUACCAAAAUCAUGACUUUUAGAUUAGAGGUGGAAUCCCUACCAAAUCCCAACAAACACACUCUUGGUGAAAAUGUAACAUUAGAUGAUCAUGCUCAUAUUUUGCCUUGACCUCCAUACUGAUGGAUAUUACCCUUCAACUUGAGGGGAGCAGAAGCCUUUAACUUCUGUCUUUUAAUGAACUCGAGACAUGAUAUUAAGACUGAAAGUCCAGUAGAGAAAAGCUUGGUUUUGAAGUCUUGGCAGUGCUCUCUGCUUUGCUUUGUAACAGUAGCAGAUAACUGACUGCCCCAAUGUGAAAAAAGUUGUUUUAUUGCUUUCCCAGCAUUGAUACAAUGCAACAUCCUAACUUCGGAGGCUCUGUAGAAUAUUGACACAGAUCUAAGGAAAAAGACAGGCUGAAAAUUUCAUUGUGUUAAAUAGCAUGAAGGAAGAACGUUAAUGGUGGGAUGAGAGUAUCUUCUUUGGCAGUGAUGAGUGAAUUGGCUUGCUUGUGGCACUAGUUGUGGCCUUUUUCUGCCACCUUCAGCUAGUGACAUUGUUCAAAACAAAUGUUUUAUACCAUGCAGUAACUUACCGUUUCCCAGUAUGCCAUUUGGGUAAAAAUGCUGCCUAUAAACACUUUGAAGGAGGACACUUCUUGGUGGCUCUUUAUAGCGGUGGUCAUUUGGAAGCUUAAUAAGGCAGCUCCCCUAAUGGUGUAAAUUUGAUUUUACACUAGUGGAGAACCUGCCUCCUUCACACAAAUGCUGUGUCUCUUCAAAAUUCCUGAUGUCAUACAGAAAAUGCCCGAGGCAAGUUUCUGGCUCACCUAGUAGGCAUCAAAACUCUGAUUUGGUUCCCAGCUUCCCUUAGGAGUGGAAAACAUCUCUAGAGAGGAAAAAUCUAUAACGACAAGAGUAACCUGUUACAGGAGACGAAAUGUGCUGUUGAUAUAUCAGUGCUAAAGACUGAUGUUUUUAAAGGAUGUUUUAUGUGCUGUAUUAUUAGCAUAGGCAAUAUGUUGAUGUAAAAAUAGGUUUAGUUUAAAUGUUAGCAGAAAUGAAUCCUUCAGGUUGUGCAUCUAAACCUCUCUUACUUUAAGCAUGCUUCAAGUAUGUGUAACUGAACAUUGUAGCACAAGGUUUUCUUAACUUUCAUGAGGCCUUUCUCUUGACAAGUGCCAGACUUUGGUUUUGUACCUGAUGUUUUGUAUUUAUACAUAUUUAAUUUUACCUUUUUGUUUUGUGUGGAAUUGCACUAUCAUUAUAAAGUGUUAUUUAUUUUUGUACUUUAUUUCGUGUUCAUCACUCUUGCUUUUUACUCAAAACACACUGCACAAUAA